UGUAAACUGGGGGAAAAAACGACGAGAAACACUGCUCGCAGGGAAAACGGAAGUACCUCAAAGGGCUGGGUUACCAACUCGACGACCGAUUGUCAUUCACAUACUACAGAAAAAUUUGGGAACGCAAAUUAGCCAAACCUGCACAUCUUUGGACUGUAGGAGGAAACCCACCAAGUACGGGCAGAACAUGCAAACGGCAUGCACACAGACCUGAGACAGGAAUCAAACCCGACCCUGGAGGUGCAAGGCAGCAGUUCUAACCAGUACGCCACUGCGCUUAAAUCAUUUUACCAUACACCAUUAAAGCUGGAGAAAAAAAUUUAGUCAGUGUGACGCUCGCUCUCUCCCCCAACACACGCACACACAUCACUGCGAUGUCACAGCUUUCCAACAGCUCAAUCCGAGAACACAUGAAAUGGGCUGGCUUGCUGGGCUGUGAGGCAGUCCUCUCCAGUAUGGCUCUGAUGCAGGCCAGUUCUCUACCCAGCCAUAAAAAGAUGACAUCUCCACUGAGCCAGAACCACAACCACAGUCACAACCAGGAAGCCCACAGCCACCACCACAGUCACAUGGUGCUGCCAUCUGGAGUUAGCUGUUCACCCAUGCUCAUUAAUAAGGAGGGGGAGUUCCACUCUUCACGGCUGCUGGAGGAGAAGGACAUGCAGUCGAGCCAGAACGCUCAAUCAAAGAAGAAAAACAGGAAGUCAGGAACACCAACCAAAGUGAGAGAAAAAGUGCAGGUGGAGAUACCUGAGCCAAGCGAUGAUGGAUCCCUAAACUCCCAGGUGCAGAAGAACUUCAUCUGCGAGCACUGUUAUGGAGCGUUCCGCAGCAGCUACCACCUCAAACGACACAUCCUUACUCACACAGGUGAGAAGCCUUUCGGGUGCGACAUGUGCGACAUGCGGUUUAUUCAGCGCUACCACCUGGAGAGACACAAACGUGUGCACAGUGGAGAGAAGCCUUAUCAGUGUGACCGCUGUCAGCAGAACUUCUCCAGAACAGACCGACUCUUGCGGCACCGGCGCAUGUGCGUGGUCGGCAUCCCAAAAGAGGAGAACACGUCGUGCUGCGAGGGGCGCUCAUAUUCACAGGAACCUGCGCAGCAGUCGUGGAGCCCCCUACAAGCCAACAACAGUAGCAGCAGCAGCAGUCGGCUUGCAGUUUGACAGUUUUUUAAGCUUCCGUUCAGCUCCAUGUGAGCAAGGUGGACGCAGCACAGCACAGCCACCCGGGGACGCUUUACAGAUCCUGGAAACACUGGGGAAAGACUUGCUUCUGACUCAGUCCCAUCCAGAUACUUUUUUUAAAGCUGAUUUGAACUGAGAACCUGAGAGGAAAGGGAUUUUUGUAGUAUUUUCUAUAGAUGCUAUCAGCCUCUUGGAGGGUUGGUGUAGUUUUUCCUUCUUUUUUUUAUACACUGCACAGGCAAUAACAAGACAUGUAGAGGACCAAACAGGGGAUUAAUCCUAUGUUUGAUAGUUACUUUAAAUGGAGAUUGGUUUACACACACAUAAGAAAUAGAAAGUAACCGGAAAUUUCUUCUUUUAAAUUUCUCCACUGGGUUUUUUUUUUUUUGCCAGAAUGAUCAGGAAUAAGUGAUAGAGGUGCUAAACUGCAAUGACCCUGCGUUUAUACUAGCAAGAGACAAUUCACUCGUAUUGCUUGUAGUUCGUCUCUGUUGAGCACUAAGGUGUACGGCCACCUGCGACAGCCAGGGUUUCCCAAACCAGGGGUCAUGUUAUUUACAAAUGGCGUCACAGGAGAAACUUAUAAUCUCCUCUCAUGUGUAAUUUAUGUAUUUUGAAAAUUAGUAUGAGAAAUUUUAAUCUUGGAUUUUGCAUCCUAUUAUUUUAAAAUGUGACUGAGUUAUAUCCAGACAAACCGUGGUUAAAUGAAUAACUUUCAUGUUUUUUUUCUCUCAUCUAACACGCUAUGCUAUCGUCUACCUCUGCCAAACACACUGUGUUUAAGAUCCAAUACUGUAUUGUUCUAGAUCAUUACAGCAUAUUGCCAUAAGCUAUUUGUUUUUAUUAUAGUUAGGGUUUGAAUUUUAAUUAAUUCUUACAUCACCUUCAAACCUGGUAAAAGUUCUGGUUUACAUGCCAGCCUUCUGGAUUUUCUAAAUUAGUAAAUACUUUUAAGUGUUGUUGUUAGUCUUUUGGUUGCUCCCGUUGAGGGGUCUGCUGUCGCGACCAUUCGAUCCGCACACAGCCUGACACAGCAUUUACGCUGGAUGCCGUUGCUGACGCAACCCUCCAGGCUUGGAAAGGGUUUGAGCACUGGGUGGGAAUUGACCCCCCAGCAUUUUUCAAAUAAGGAGAUCCACAAUUCAUCAGUGUGUUUAUCAUUGCUGUGUCUGAAUCCAUCAAAUAUUUUUACAGUUUGAUAUGGAGACCUGAUGGAUUAAAUCAAUCAGCUUGUCAGAUUUCGAUUUCGAUUCUGAAUUAAAUUGCAGUGGCCAGCAAUCAAAUUAAGUUGACAGUCUUCCUUGUGAUUCUCUGCGUUAGUUGUCAGACAUCAUAUGUGCCCCCCCCCCCCUCUAUUUUUUUUUUUAAUUUGGCUGCAUGAACAAGGAUACCGCUUCUGUGUGGGUACUGCGGUUUAAUCUAGGCUCCUCAUCCAGACAGCUAACUGUAUAUUAUAUAUCUGUAAUAAAUCAAUUAAAAUGGUCAAGCAAGCCUUUGGGAUGCAGAAAAUUCAUAAUGUCUAUUUAGGUUCAAUGGCUCAAAACGUUUGAGAACCCCUGGCGUACACUCACCUGCGAUAAAAAAACAACAACUACGUUUUAAGGCCAGUCAUUAAAUGCAAACUAAAUAAUUAUACAAAAAGUGUAAAAAUUUGAUGUUCAGUUUCUGUUAAAUGCUGAUUUCUGACUUUUUUCUCAAAAUUCUAAUUUUUUUUUUCCAUUAAAAUCUUAACUUUAGAAUCUGAAUUUUGACAUUUAAAUCAGAAUUCAGACUUUGUUGCCUCAGAAUUUUGGGAUUUGUCUCAGAUUUCCGCCUUUUUUUUUUGGACUUUAAAAUCCAAAAUCUAAGACUGAAGUCAGAUUUCUAAUAUUAAAGUCAAACUUUGGGGUUUAAAGAUAGAAUUCUGGGUUUAAUGAUAGAAUUCUGAGGAAUUAUUCAAGCCAGUCAUUUGAUUUUUUAAUUAUUUUUUUUUUAAUCCUAGUUUAGAACAAGUCAUGGUGCAUAAAACGUACAAAAAUAAUUAGCGGGCUGUUGCUUUGUCAUUUGCUAGUUUAAACACAGGGUAAAGCUCGCUCACCUCAUUUUUUGUUUCUCCAAUAAAUUCAGUGUUUAGCAGAGAUUAGUCUCAUAAACCUGUAGAAGGAGUUGUUUUACACUUCACCAUGGCAGUUUCAUUAUGCUGAGAGUGAAUAAAGAACUAGUCCACUGUGAUUCAGGUCCUCAUUGAAAUGCAUUUUUGUAUGUUUAUGUGCAUAGAACUGUUACUCCGAGACCAGAUUAGAAAUGUGUGAACUUGUGUGUAAUGUUUUUUUUAUAAUUAUUAUUAUUAUUAUUAUUUUUUCAUUCAUGAUGCUGAUAAUUGAGUACAGUUUUCUGAACUCGAACACUGGAUCAUUCAGCCCAGAAAUAAGGCUAACAGUAUAUGUGCUUUUAGCAUUUAGUCAUUUUUCUGUUUGAACCAAUAGUUUCUUAGACAGCCAGGUACUACAAACACUGAACACAGACUACAUGCAGAUCUUAUGUGCUAAAUCUUAGUUUAUUUUGUAAUUUUAUAUUAUCGUUUUAUUCAUAGUUUUUAGACUGCUACAGGUGUUUAAACUAGUAGCUAUGUUUUAUAACAAGUAGAUUUGCAUGAAACUCUUCUUGUUUUUGGAACAUCUUGUAUUGUGUUUGUUAAAGAAAUAAUUUUUUUUUUUUUGGUACCCAUUAUUUUUUUUAUGUAUUUUUAUCAUCCGCAAAAAAAACAUGCACACUAAAAUCUUUCUUACCCAGCUAGGCACAGCAUAAUGAGUUCAAAUGUGUUUUUGAAAAACAAUAAAUUUAUUUCU